CAAUAUUGUUCUCGAUAUUUCAUUACUUCCGACUUUACGCUGUCAAAGUCUUUCUUUUUUGUGAUUUUACGGCAAUUGUUUUGGUUACAAUUAAACCACCGGUGACAAUAUGAAGUUGAACAAAUUUGUCUCUUCCUCACGCAGAAAAAACCGUAAACAUCAUUUUCAAGCGCCCUCACAUAUACGCCGUCGUCUUAUGUCCGCUCCUUUGUCUAAGGAAUUGCGUCAAAAAUAUAAUGUUCGUUCCAUGCCCAUACGUAAAGACGAUGAAGUACAAGUGGUGCGCGGACAUUUUAAAGGCAACCAAGUUGGUAAAGUUGUACAAGCCUACCGUAAGAAGUUUGUAGUUUACAUUGAAAAAAUUCAGCGAGAGAACGCAAACGGCACGAAUGUGUAUGUUGGUAUACAUCCCUCAAAGUGCCUGAUAGUUAAGCUAAAGCUUGAUAAGGAUCGUAAAGCGAUCUUAGAACGUCGCGGCAAGGGUCGUUUGGCGGCUUUGGGUAAAGACAAAGGCAAAUAUACAGAAGAAACAGCUGCCCAGCCAAUGGAGACUGCAUAAACUUUUAUAGCCUAGGUGUGAAAUAUACAAAAGUUUUUUUUUUUUCUAUAAAAUAAAACUGGAAAAAUUAAAACA